AUGGCCAACGAUUCCUUGGUCACAGCUCGUGUCAUAGGAGAUGUCCUGGACCCCUUCUACAGCUCCAUUGAUCUGAUGGUGCUGUUCAACGGUUUGCCUAUUGUUAGUGGCGUGGAGCUGCGUCCUCCCGCGGUCUCCGAGAGACCCAGGGUCGAGAUCGGAGGAGAUGAUUAUCGCGUUGCAUGUACUCUGGUGAUGGUCGAUCCAGAUGCCCCGAACCCAAGCAACCCGACCCUGAGGGAGUACCUGCACUGGAUGGUGACUGACAUCCCAGCGUCCACCGAUGAUACACACGGUCGGGAGGUGAUGUGCUACGAGGCCCCUAAUCCGACGACGGGCAUCCACCGCAUGGUGCUGGUGCUGUUCCGGCAGCUGGGGCGGGAGACGGUGUACGCGCCAUCCAGGCGCCACAACUUCAGCACGCGCGCCUUCGCCCGCCGCUACAACCUCGGCGCGCCCGUCGCAGCCAUGUACUUCAACUGCCAGCGCCAGAACGGCUCCGGCGGACGGAGGUUCACCGGGCCCUACACCGGCGGCAGACGUGGUGGUGCUUGA